UGAGUGGCCACUAAGUCUUCCAACAUGGCGACCGGAGGAGCACCGUCUGCUCAAUCUUCAGCGACAGAAGAAGACGCGACAGAACUACAAUUUCCGAAAGAGUUUGAAAGUGCUGAAACUUUGUUGAACUCUGAGGUUUACAUGUUGCUGGAACACAGAAAGACUCAGAAUGAAGGAGCAGAGGAAGAACAAGAACUGUCGGAAGUCUUCAUGAAAACAUUAAACUAUACACAGAAGUUUAGUCGAUACAAGAACAGAGAAACCAUUGCACAAGUGAGAAGUUUGCUUGGUAAGAAGAAACUCCAUAAGUUUGAACUGGCGUGUUUGGCUAACUUAUGUCCUGAGACAGCUGAGGAGGCCAAAGCUUUGAUUCCAAGCUUGGAGGGUAGAUUUGAAGAUGACGACCUUCAACAGUUACUUGAUGAUAUUCAGACACAUAGAAGUUUCCAGUACUAAACUCAGCACCAUCCAUAUAUUUGUUGAGAGCAUUUCUUGGCCAAAAUCAAGUCUGUGACAUCAACUUGCAGCUGUUGUUAUGCAAGGGUUCAUCACGCCGGAAGAGUUUUAAUAUCCAAGUCAAGCUGUGACUUUCCUUAUUUGAGAACUAUGCAGUAUUCUCAUUCUCUGCAUGAAAGCCAGAACAUUUUUGUGACAAUUAGUGUGUUAUCCAUCGUUAAUAGUCUUCUUUUGUACAGACAGUGAUGAAUAGAAUUUUUUUAUCAGCAUUGCUUCACAUAUUUUCAUUUAUUCUCCUUGAAUUUCUUCAAGACAUUUAUUUUUAUUUUUAUCACAUAUCCUAAACUUUAAGAACAACACAUUAUGAUCAAGAUGGCAUAAGCUAUGUGUAGAUAAAACUCAUUGCUGAGGAAAAAUGAGAAAGAGAGAUGAAAUAGACAAGACUUCUCCCAUCAUUACUAGAGAGUGUUGUUCCAGCUCUUUGUCAAGAAACUCUCAUCCCAAAGUUAGAAUUAUUUUUGAGAAAAAAAAACCCUGUGAUACCUGAUUCUUUUCCUACGGUAUAACAGUAUGGUGACCAGUGAGUUAGUAACAUAUUUCAGCCAAUCAUUGUUGAGCAUUACAGUGUCGAUUCAAGAGGUCCUGAAAGUAGAGGGGUCUGAUCAAUGUGAAGAUGGGCCUUUCUUGUUCCAGUAAGGAAAAUUUUCUGGUGUAGGUAUUUGUGUGAGAUGGGGAAGAGAGUUUAGGGGAGUUGAGUUGCACCUAGACUAGCUACUGGCUUGUGGACCUAAUAAAGUUUGAAUGUCUUG